AUGUGGAAGUUGGUGCCCACCGCAGGAAAAGGAGAGCCUUACCGGCUUUUGAGUGGCACAGAAUAUGUCGUUGGACGCAAGAACUGUGCCAUUUUGAUUCAGGAUGAUCAGUCCAUCAGUCGAAGUCAUGCAGUUCUGACAGUAAGCCAGCCUGAAACAACCCCUACCCAGUCUCUCUCAGUCCCUGUAUUAACAGUAAAGGAUACAUCUAAGUAUGGUACCUUUGUUAAUGGAUCAAAACUUAAUGGUGCUUCAGUGUCUUUGCAGUCUGGUGACAGAAUCAACUUUGGAGUCUUUGAGAGCAAGUUUAGAGUAGAGUAUGAACCUUUGAUUGUCUGUUCCUCAUGUUUAGAUGUUGCUCAGAAAACUACUUUAAAUCAAGCCAUCCAGCAGCUUGGAGGUCAUGUAGUGAAUGAAUGGACAAAAAACUGUACUCAUCUUGUAAUGGUAUCAGUAAAAGUUACUGUUAAGACUAUAUGUGCUUUGAUUUGUGGUCGACCCAUUAUAAAACCAGAGUUUUUUGUUGAAUUAAUCAAAGCUAUCCAGUCCAGGCAACAGCUCCCAAAUCAUGAAAACUUUUAUCCUCCAGUCGAUGAGCCUUCCAUCAGCACUGACAAACUGGAUUUGUCUGAGCGGCAUGAAAGGAGAAGAAUAUUCAGUGGAAAAACCUUUGUAUUUCUAACUGCCAAGCAGCACAACACACUGGGGCCAGCAGUUACUCUUGGAGGAGGGGAAGCAAAGUUGAUGACAGAAGGAGAAAAAGAGACAUCUUUACUAGCUUCUCCUGAAGUUUGUGUUGUAGAUGUGGGAAUGACAAACUCUCAGACCCUGGUAUCUGACUCCAUGAGAAACUGGACUGAUUCUGUGCUGGCUGUCUUGAAAAGCAAGGAUCUCAGGCCUAUUCCCGAGGCUGAAAUUGGACUGGCUGUUAUCUACAUGUCUACAGAAAAAUACUGCAACCCUCAGAUGCAGCCUGAUAACAGAGCUGCAACUAAAAGUGCUCCUACAUCUGCUGCUGUAGGGAGAGCCAUUUCUCAGAGUUUGGCUGUGGAUGAAACCAUAAUGCCAACUGCUGCAGAUGACAGCACACUAUAUAUACCUGAUACAGAGAUGGAAGAGACAUGUAUGGAGACAGAAAAUACUCCUCAGAUGGACAGACGAGGCAGAAUGGCUCCGCAGAGUGUGACUGCUGUAAAGGAAAACCCUAGCACAAGUGGCAGUGUAAAUGCAGGAGCAUCCAUAUCCAGAGUGAACAGAACAUCUGGAUUUAGCCAAAAGAAUCAUCCUGUCUCACCAUCUAAAAUUUCAGAGGUGGGGAAACCCACUGGGUGUGCUUCACAUCACCAGUCCAACUCAAUUACAAAGCACUUCCAGGCAGCUAGAAAAAGGGAAAGAGCUGAAGGAGAAGAAACAUCUGUAGCCAAACUAGCAAAACUAGAGGAAAGGUCCUCAUCUAUUUCCAAGGGCACUGGACCUGCAGCUUCAUCAGCGUGGAACAGUGAAGCAGAACAGCAUCCAAGGGAAAAUAACAGCCUGGACCCAAAUCCCAAUUCUGCAUUAGAAGACAAAGGUAUAAAGCUUACGAGGAACAGUGGCAAGCUAGCAAGUGACAAAACAGACACUAGAACUGUUUCUAGUGAAAAGCAUGCACCAGUGAAGAGAAAGGAGUUAGAUGAUUUAGCUGAAGACAUAGAGACACUAGAAACUGUCUUUGGAAGUGCAGAGCUAGACUGGGACGAUCAAAUGACAGAUCAUGGGCAGGAGCCUCAAGGAACUGUACACAAAAAAAGAUGUUUGGAAGCCAAAGGAAGCAGUAUUCAAGAAGUAAAUAUAAAACAGAGAGAGAAGGAUAAAAUACUGAAAGAAGAGGACCUUGGAACAGUUCUAACUUCAGAAAUGAAGAGUGAGAUGAAGGAAGAAUCAUCAGUCUUGAAUCACAGUGAACUGCAAGAUGAUUCCAAGAAUCUUCCUAGCAGACUUCUGCUGACAGAGUUUAGGUCACUGGUUGUCAGCCAUCCAAGACAGAAGAGUCAACUUACUGAAGACACCAGCUGUGGGGGGAAGAAAAACUUCAAGAAGUUCAAGAAGGUAGCUUAUCCAGGGGCAGGACAACUUCCAUACAUUAUUGGAGGAUCAGAUCUGAUUGCUCACCAUGCUAGAAAGAAUUCAGAGUUAGAAGAGUGGUUAAAGCAAGAAAUGGAGGAGCAGAACCGGCAUGCAAGAGAAGAAUCACUUGCUGAUGAUCUCUUUAGAUAUGAUCCUAAUGUGAAAAGGAGAAGAUAA